CUGCAUGUGUGACUCACGACCUCACGUUUAAAACACGGACUUAUUAACUACAUUUAUACGCAAAACUAUCGCGAUGAUCCCAAUCGGCUUAAAGCUGAGCGUGGCCCUCGUGCUCCUCUUCGGCUUCGCGUGCCACCACGUUGCGGGCGUCUGCAGAGUGGAGCUCUGCACCAACAGCACGCGCUGCGUGCUGUCCGCAGACCGGAGGAGGUGCAGAUGUGCCAGCGGAUAUUAUGCGGACCAAUGUGACAAAAAUGCCGACAUCAAAGUGAUGUGCGGCAAAGACUUCAUGGCCAUCCGAGCGAAAGAAGAUUACUUCCGGUACCACAAUGUGCCGCUGGAGUCGCUGCACUUGCCCAACAAGUCUUGUCGUCCUGAGAGGACGGUCAUCGGCGGCGAGCUGUAUUACAUGGCCAAGAUAUCUAAAGAUGAUUAUCAAAUCUGUGGAGGCAAGCCGCUGAUGAAAAAGAAUCGCAUCUCUUAUUCCCUGAGCAUGCAGUCAGACCCUCAGGUGAGGGGAAACAUCAUCAGAAACCCAGUCAUUAAGAUGGACUUCACGUGCGUCUAUCCAUCCAUCAGAACCGUCAGCCUGCCUUUCCCAGUCCUCUACUUUUCCAGCGAGAUGGUGAUGCACGUAGAGGAAGUUGAUGCCAAGAUCCAUAUGAUGUUGUACACGGACCAGUCCUAUUCCCAGGCCUACACGAGUUCGCCAACCAUUGAACUCCGAGACAAGGUGUACGUGGAGGUGGCCGUCACCGAGCCUGCAGACUUCUUCCUGCUCCGAGUGGAGAAGUGCUGGGCCACGCAGUCUCCCCAGCCCAACUCCACCGAGGGACUGUCCUACACGCUGGUCCAGAACGGGUGCGUGAGCGACGAGACACUCACCUUUCUCAACACGACCGCCGGGCAGUCUGGCCGCAACGGAGAGAGUUCCACCAUCCGCUACAGCUUCGACAUGUUCCACUUCAUGACGGAGCCGCACGACCUCUACCUGCACUGCACGGUGGAGCUGUGCGUGCCCGAAGACCACCUGUCCUGCAGCCCUAACUGUAAUUCGAUCAGUAAGAGGGAGGCGGUGCGGGCCGAGCCCUCUGUGGGCCUCCUGUCGUACGGACCCAUCAAGAUAGAAAUGUCCAAGAGACCUGAAUUCAGCAUCCUGGCGACGGUGGUGCUGCCCGUAGCGGGUGUCUGGACUAUGGGCUUCUUCCUCAUCAUCCUCAUCACGGUGUUCAAGGCGGGCAGCAAGAGGCUCACACGGCAAGAGCAGCCCUGA